UGCCCGGCCCCUGCGGGCUGCGCUCCGCGGGCAGCGCUCAGCGGGAGCGGCAUCCUUGGGCGCUUCUGCGCGGGGCCGGAGCCUCCCGGAGGAAACAUUUGUCAAUACAGUGGAUCACUUGAACAUCAAGCUCUACAAAGACUUCAAGCACAGAAGCUUUUACUUCCUCACUGGGAAAGCCUGUAUGAAGACCUCUGUGGAUGGUGUUGUAAGAAUCAGAAGGCGCCCACAGCACAGAUGCCAGCCUUCUCCAAGGGGUAACCUCUUCAUCCCUGAGUGACGCCAGCUCCUGCUAGUACCAUGGGGCCAGAGGGUGGUUUCAUAGGCAGUGGACAGAUCCACAUCAUCCUGUGGGGAAGUUUGGCAGCCAUGACAGCACUCCUGUUCCUCACCUUCCUCAUCUUUCUGUGCUCCAGCUGCAACAGGGAAAAGAAGGCCAAACAUCAGAAUGGAGAUCAUGAAAAUCUGAUGAAUGUGCCUUCUGACAAGGAGGUGUUCAGCCAUUCGAUCACAAGUUCUGCAACAGAGCCGCCGCCGAGCAGUGACCAGAACGGGGCACUCAGCAACGGCGAUGUGCUCUCAGAGGACAGCACGACUGCCUGUAUCCAGCCUUAUGAAGAAGUGCAGACGUCCAUCUCUGAUCUGCUAGAUCCACAGGAUAGUCUUGGAAAGUCUAUAAAAUGUCACCAGAGCCGGGAACUACCCAGUAUUCCCCCUAACCCCACCAUGGAAACCAUCAUCUCAGCUAGAAAUGCAGAGAAUUAUCAAGGUCUUGGAAUGGAAGGGCCUUACGAGGUCUUAAAAGACAGCUCCUCUCAGGAGAACAUAGUUGAAGACUGCUUGUAUGAAACUGUGAAGGAAAUUAAAGAUGUUGGAGCAGUAGCCAACAUGGAAGGGAGCUGUACCAGCAAAUCAAAGCCUCCGCUGACAGUUCCUGAAGGUCAGAAUCAGAUUCCUGAGCGCAGAAUUGAAUCAGCAGAAUAUGCAUCUGUUGACCGAAAUAAAAAGAGUCGCCAAAGUGCUAAUUCAGAAAGCCCUCUUGACAACACACCAGAGGUAGAGGAUGAGCUUCCCCCUCCAGUACCCAUGAAACUUCUCGAUGAAAAUGAGAAUGUGCAAGAAAAAGAAGUGGAAGAAGAAGUGACAGAAGGAGCAAGUAGACCAGAGAAGAGGCUUAGUUCUAUGUCUUACAAGUCUCGAGAGGAAGAUCCAUCUCUUACAGAAGACGAGAUCUCAGCCAUGUACUCAUCGGUGAGUAAGCCAGGACAGGCCAUCAAGGCGCUGGAUUCUCCAUACACCUGUAUUCAAGAAAUUGCAUCUCAGAGGUCCCCAUCUGUUUGCAGCGGCCUCUAUGCAAGCGUAAAGGACUUUGAAAACACCCUAAAUAUUACCACAGUGCCUCAGUCAGUGGACAGACCAAACGGGGAGCUGGAGCCUGACUAUGAAGCUAUCCAAUCAGUGAGUCAAGAAGAGGACAGGACCUUGUCUGUGCCUAACACAAACUACACUGCUCUUUCAGGAGAGAAUGACUAUGAGAGCAUAGGGGACUUGCAGCACCACAGGGAUUUCACCAGACUUUAACUCCUCCGGCAGGCAAAUUUCUCUGCUGGUAUUUUCAAAGGAACAUGUGAAACGUGGAGAAGAAAGUGCUUCUCAUUUUGAGGUACAAAGCUAAGUAGAGAACAAAAGUUGUGAAGAAGCAGCCUGGGUUUCAGCCAGGGUGUGAUACACGCUAGGUUAUUCUGGGUGGGGGACAGAAGCUCACAGGAAAGGGUACGUCAGGUUAGAAUGGCGGCCAGGACCACGUGAAGUCUUCUUUAUUGUUAGCUCCAAGAUGACCACUAAUUUGGUAAGGAGUGCCCUGCUUGUUGUCCCAGGAUUGGAUACCAAAAAGACUGCCUUUAUACAGAGCUAGCGUUUCAUUUUAAGAGAUUAUUUUAUGUCCCUUGCUUCAAAAUGUUUUGCAAGCAUCAUUUUUCACUCAAGUUUGGGCAUCCACAAUGUUGAGCAAGUCACGGAUCAUUGUACCUCAACUCAGACUUACUUUGCAGGGCUGGGGAAGGUGUGCUCACUUCUAUGUCUUUUGGGGACCUCAUUCAUUGCAACUAAAGUGCAAACAGCAGUACUUCACAAGGAACCUACUACUUGAAUGAAUUCUGUCAGCUUUGCUGUUGUUGGGUUUUUUUUAAUGUCAAGGGAUGUAGCAUGUGACUUGCAAUAUUUGAGAUGUGCACUGGUAUUGGUAGGUUUUUGGUUCGAUUACUUGUGAAACACCACUUUACAGUGGCGGGUGGCACCCUUGGCGUUCCUGCUCCGCUCCCCUCGUGUGCACACGUGCAUCGACGCAGUCACAGAGCAGGAAACUGUCAUGUUGCAAAAUGAAUGCGUUGACGUAAUAUUGAGUCUGACCUUAACGGCACUGAGUCAUUUUUUUGAAGAAUUUUGCCCUUUUUUAAGGCUUAAAGUAUUUUAAUAUGUUUGUCUAAUGUACUGUGUAGGACAAUCUCUGUACUGUGUUGAGUGAUAUUUUUUAUUUUUACAACCUAUUUUUCAUCUUCAAAAUUUUUGUAGAUUAACUUGCUGACUUAUGUAACAGGAGGAACUCCAUUCUUUCCUUGGGCUUUAUUUGGUUUGCCUUUAUGAGUUUUUUUCCUAUUUCAGAAGGGUGUAAAUGAACAAUUGCCUCUCUUUUUUGUGUAUGUCUUCUUGGGCAGGGAUGUGGAACACGCCUUGCUGGUUUUAAAUUCAAAAUAGCAGAGCCUAUGUAAAAGAACACUGCCACAGGGCGACACAAGAGGCAGAACUGGCAGUGGGAUUUAGUCCGGGAUAGCUGUUGGUUCUCCAUGUUCCUCUGCUAAAAGGAGGAGGAGGGUGACCAAGAAUUUCUUAGGGCUCUGAUAAGCAGUUUGAAAGCCACUGGCGUUUCAAAGAUACCAAGUUAUUCUGUUACUGUUGAAAACAAAGUACAGCACUUGGAUGAAAUGAGCAGGUACUGGGCUGAUACUUUUGUGUUCUUUAAGAAUGGUACAAUGAAUAGUACAAUAAUAAAAGAAUAGUUCAACUGUAGAGAACUGGCAUUGUGUGAUCUGCAUUUGUACACAUUUAUGUGUACACAUGUGCAUAUAUACCAAUGUAUAUAAGCAUACACAUGUAAUGUGGUCACAAAGAUAAAUUAUGGUCCAAAUUGGUAACAUUCACAUACAUUCACGUACAUAAUAUCUGGCAUGUGCUUGAAGAGUAGUUUACUUUUAAUCUGACUUUAACAGCCAACUGAGGUUGGCUUGUUCUGUAGUAGCCAACACAGGUUGAGUUUCAGGUCAGUUGGUACUGGGUUUUGAGGUACCAGAUUGAGUCCUUCUCAGAUCACUUGCUAGUGCUCAACAUUACUUGGUUCUGUAAAGAGCAAAUGCAGAUCUGGUUGCUCACACUUAUUAGAAAUAACUUCAUAACUGAAAGCGUACUGAUUUAUGAGCUUGGCCUGUGACAGCUCUGAGAAGAAGGAAGUGUGCAGACAAACUCUGCCCACAGGGUGAUCCAGACUUUCAUGGAUCCUGACCUCAUGUGACAGUGCUUGAUCUAUGACUCUCUUCCUUUGAGGAGAAGCAGUUCUGACCAGCCAACAUCCGUCUUGUUCUUGACCAUGCUGCGACGCUUCCCCAGCUGGAGCAAACCCUUUGCUUCCACUUCACUGAAGUGCUUUUUAAAGCUGACUUUGGUUUGCCUUUGUGGAGUUUCUCUCUCAGAAAAUGUUUCUAUUUCUGUUCCCUUGAAUGUGAAUUCAUGAAGUUUGCCUUUGACUCUUCUUUCUGCUUCACACUAUGGCCAAAGAUAAGAUGCACCCUAUUUCAGAUCUUUUGUGCUAAGUCUGGAGAAAUUACGAAGUCUUGAACUAUGUGCUUGCUGUCUGUUCCUUGCUCAGGGGUAUGGGUUUAUAUAUGUAGUCCUCAGUCUGACUCCUGAAGCUCAGUGGCAGGCAUACCUCAACUCCUGAAAUUCCCAAAUACAUCUCAAGAUGUCAUUAUCCCUUAAAGAUUGUCUUAUUACAUGGAUGGCUGCUUUUGGAGAAACAGGAGCAACAGGAGGUUUGUCAGGUUCACCAGAUUAGAUUUCAAGACCAGCAUAAAGAUAAGAGAUAAUGACAGUUAAUGAUAGCAAAGAAUAACACUGAACUCUUGCUAGUAAAAUGUUAAGGUGCAGAAGAAAAUCAAACAUCACUCUAGAACUGUCUCCAUCAGGACCAGCAAAUUGAAAGAGGAGGUUCUCUUUGUGGUCUUUCAGGGCAGGAUCAAGAGUGUUGGUUUGGAGGAUGGGAUGCAACACUCAACUCCUUCCUUUCAUUGCCCUGUUCUGACAGCCACUCCUUGAGACCCCCAAACUUCCAUUUUCCAUGGUGAAAUAGCUCCUUUUUUGUUUUGUUUUGUUUCUAUUUUUAACGUGCCUCAUACAGCCUCACACUGGGAGUGGGUACUAUGUCUGCAGUCUUGUGGUGCUGGCACAUUCCUUCCCAUUUAAAUGACUCUCAGGCUGGUCACCACCUUUUCCUCGUCUGCCAGACCCUCAGCCACGUGGGGAAGGAGCCCGGAUUUUGGAUUGCUGCUUGCAGGAUGUGUACCUGCCCUCAGCCAUUGAGACCCCUGCACACUCGACUCUUGAGAGCUGCAAAAAAGAAUCACUGCCCUGGACGAGGGUGCACAAGGGAGUCCAUAACUCCCCUACAAUCUCCAUAGUAGAGUCUAAUGCUAAAGAAUAAUGUUUUAGAAUUCUGUCCAAGGUUCUUCAGUGAAUAAUUACAUCUCUUGACAAAGAAUGAAGCUUCUGUUUUAGUUCACUCUUCUCCAGAAGUAAGAUCUGUUCCUUUACGGCCGUUGCCAGUGCUUCCUUUUCAUUAAAUCUGUUGGAUAGAAAGAUUUUUCCAACAGUAAUCCCCAAAUUAAUCUGUCUGUAAAGAAAAAAGUCUCUUCUGCUUGUCUCUUCAUUGCUAUUUUUUUCUUUUUUUCACCAUAUCCCCUUGUCAGCAUCCAAAAUAAAGUAUUUGAUACCUGGUGAUCUUUUCUGGGGAAGUGUCAACGGACUGUUUCUUUGCCUCCAUUAUUUGGCACAACUAUAUAAUAAGAUCACAUCAAAUUGCCACAGUAAGGUCAAGACAAACUGUAAUGUGUGUGUAACUGCACUAGUGAAAAGGUCUUUUCUCAUUGCCUUCCAGGAAGUGGUAGAAAUAGGAAAUGCAGUUUGGAUGUCUCUUCUGUGAAUCUGUGUCUCCCAUGGGAGUUGUGCUUCUCAUAUACCUAAACCAGUUCUCAUCACAUACCUACACAAGUCACCUGUUUCUACCAUGAUAAAUGCAGAAUUGCUCCCUUAGUCACAGGCAGAAAUAGAUUCUUUACAGAUACCUGUAGCACAGGCAUGUACCCAAUUACCAUGGUUAGAUCAGUUAUAGUGCCUUUUUUACUAAGCAGCUAGUACUUCCAUACUCUUUUCCAUACUGUGUUUGUUUAACUGAAAAGUACAAAGAGGCAAUCCCAAGACUUCCUUGUCUAAGUUGGAAACAGCUUGUAGAGACACGUUAAAUGUAUUGGACCUCAAUUAGCCCUACAAUAGCAAUAGUGUAUCACAAACAUCCUCUGAAAAGCCCAGUAAUGUAGCUAUGAUCACAAAGCUUGGCAAUAAGAACUACUAGUCUUCAUUUGAAGAACCUACAUUUUUCAACAGUGAGUAUUCAGAGAGGUGGUGGUCUUCGUUCAUGUCACCUGUGAACAAUUAGCUGCUUCAGUCUUUCUGUGAGUACCAACUGCAGGCUUGCUUACAUGUAGCAGGGGAGGGAUGAGUAGGUGUGGGGAUUCAUAUUCAUGAGCCACCCAGAGCUGGACAAUCCCCACAGUAGCAACUGGCUGAGGACCAGCUGCCUUGCUCUCUAAGCCCUCGCCUCUUGUGCCUUCAGGGAAUCCACCCUGCCGGGAUUCUCCUGGGCUGCGUGCUUCUCCAUGGCUCCCUGAGCAGCUCCUGUCUGCUGUCUUGAUCACAGUUCUGUAUAUGCGGUGCUCUCUGUUCAACCUUUCAGUGGUGCUUUUAUAAGAUGCUGGAUAAAUGGUUUCAAUGUGCUUUCCGAAAGCUGAUGUGUAAAGCUGUGACACAGAGUGCUGUCUCUAGUACUGUCAGCUUCCCAGAACUUAGGACUUAGACUGACAGUGCUGCCCCUGUCUCUUGUUCAUCUCACACGCAACCAGAAUGGAGUUGUCAUGCAUAACAAGCCGAGACUGGGACACAGGUGUGUAAAAGCAGGCCAGGUGCCUUUGACUUAAGGCAGAUAGAGACAUGACUCUCAUCUGUGCCAUGUGGGAUUGGAAACACCAUAGAGCCCAGCUCAAGGGCUUUUUUCUGUCUCCUAUUGUGGAUAUACAUUUGCUUUCAAUGUGACUGUAUGAAAUCUGUUUCUGCAACAAAUGUUUUAAUUUGGGCCACGCUACAAUGAGGGCCUUUUGCUGAUAGGCAAAUUACCAGUUACUUCAGACAAGUGUUACUUAUUUAGGUUGGAACAUGCCCGAAUAAGGUUGUUACGUGCCUCACAAGUAGCCUGGUGUGUGCGGUCUACUGCAGAACAGGAGAAUGCAGAAAGAUGCUCAGCCAGACAGAUGCUCCUGCGGUGGUGUGCUGAAGACUUCCAAGGGCUCCUCUUCCUGGAAGCAGGGAGAAUAAUUGUUAUUAAUGUAAUUUCAUAAUUUCAUACUGUGGUGCUGAAGUUGGUUCGUAGCAUCUCUUUAGGGAUGGUCAUGGCUGAAGACACUGACAGAGCUCCUUUUGGCCUCAAGAAAAAAAGAUUUUUUUAAUGCUGUGCUAUCUAGCAACAUAUUUAGAGGUUUAUGCCAAAGAUAAAUGCUAUGGAUGGAAAACCAUAGAGACAAAAACACAGGGUUCUCUUUCUUCAAGGAAGGAGAACCCUUUCAAUUGGGUCAGUAUGAAAGACCCAGGCUUACAAAAAAGUAUUAAACAACAAAAGUAUUAAACAAAUUAAUUGCCUAUGUGGUGAUUUUACAGGAGUGCAUUAGGGUGUCACAUACACUUAGACACUGUUCUUUUCCUGUGGACAAAAGAAAGAUGACAGCUUAUUUGUAAUACAAGGUUCCUAUUGAUUAAUUGAUGAAACUCACGUUACAUGUAAGCCGUCUACACAAUGAUAUAUUUAAGUUAACUCUAGACAACCUGUCUCAGGUGGUGUAAGCAGAAUCAGUGGAACAGUGUAAUGCUUUACUUGAUCUGACCUGCUCUCUGGCACUCCAAUUUCCAUAGCAAUGUGUGGAUUAUCUUUGUCUUACACAUGCGUUGGCCUGUGCUCAGUCUCUAGAUAACAUCAAACUUACAGUUGGGUUUUUUCAAGAUGUGACGUUUUGUUUCUGGAGGUCUUCAGUUUCAAAGUGGCCAAAAGGACAGUCACCACAAACAUGAUAACAAAGUGCCUAGAAACAAAGACGUUUCUGUAAAGAGACUCGCCCUUACUGCACAGCAACUGGUCUACCAUGUGUGGUAGUAUCUAGCUUCCAUUUAUUGUUAAUAGCAUGGUCUGACAAACUUUCUGUCUCUGCAAAUUCUGAAUGGGACCUUUUUAAUUUGCCUGUGAGAUUCGGGAGCCUGGAUAUAAGUCAGAUGUUUUGGGGAAAUCAUGUUCUGUCUUGCAGACUUCUGUGGAGGUCUUAACUUUCAAGGCAAGAAGUUCUUGCAAGCACUUGACUGAUAUGGAAAGAUAUAUGUAAGAGGUGAACUGGUACAUUUAAAUGUAUUAGUAAAAUACCACCUAAGAGCACAAGAACCUUGUUUCUCACAUGUCUGAAGAUACUGGAAUUUGGUCUUUAUCUCUGAGGCUAUUUGAGAACGAUCUUGUAACUAGCCUCAUCAGAAUAUCCUACCAGCAGAUGAGCCUUUGAAUGAGGAUCUGGAUCAUUCUGCUGGCUCCUGAGUUUCCACACAUACCACCUUCAUGAUUUCCAGUAGGGCAUGUCUCUAAUUCAUGGCAAUGACUACUUAGGAGUGGCCCUUUGGUUCACAGGCAUGUCACCUGCUUCUGCUAGUCUUUCUAGAUGAAAGUGUGCUAACAGCCCACCUGCAACCUCAGAAAAGAACAUUUACUGUUGGGGCAAGACAGGUAUAGCCUACUGCAACAGCUAGGAAGAGAGAGGUAAAAGGAACAAUAGCUUCAUUUCAUUGCACUUCACCCGUGUCACAGCCUACCUGUUUAGAAAAAUUUAUACAGUAGAAGAGGUCACAGUUAAGGGACAAGUUGCUGAGAAUCUCACAGGACGUGGAUGCAAUUGUUUGUUCUUAGUAUUCCCUAUACCCAGGAAGGCAGGACCAAAUCCUCUUUGCCUCACCAUGAUGCAGUAUGCUGAUCUUUUAUCAAGCCUCGGUUAUGAGAAAGUAAAUUCUAAAUACACUGUUUUGUUCUAUCAUGAACCCAAAAUAGACAAAUGUAGACAAACUCAAAUUGAAGUACCAUGUGCAGAUCUAGACUUGCACAGAUGGUUUUUAGCAAAAAAAAAAGGAAAAAAAGCCCCACAGCAACCAACCCCAAAACUGUAUUCCUUUAUUGUAAUAGAAUUAUUUGCAUGAGACAAAGGUGCAGGAUUGAACCCUAAGACAGAGUUUAGAUGAUUUAAUUUGGUGCUAAAUAUUUUUGUUUGUGUUUUCAGUGAAAUAUAUUUUCUCUAUGUUAGUGAAUUGAUAUGACUUCCAUAGGAACAACAAAAAUAGUCGGGUAUAUGCAUAAUUACCUCUAACAGCUAUCACUAAAAUCAUGCAUCAGUAGGAGUCACUUUCAAUUGGGUGCUAUAGGAGCUUCAGCAUAAAAUUGCUUUGUAUAUGGAACAUUGCAUACUUAGAACAUAGUGGGUAACUAUUUGUAAUUACAGACACUUUAAUGUAUUUUAUCCAUUGUUUUAUAACGGGAAAAAAACUCUUACUGGAAUGGUUUUCCAGCAGUGUUUUCAUUCUAGCAACAAACUUCUGUUUUCCAGACAACCAUUUGGUUCUCUGGUCACUGAUGCAGAACUGCAGAAGGUCCUCAAACCAGGAUGAGUUUCUGAAAAGGGAGGAUUAGAAGUGUCUCUGGGUAUCUGCGUGUGGAUACAGUUACAUAUGCUGCAUGUGUAGUUCAGAUCUGUAGGCAGUGAGAGCAGUUUGAAAAAACGACUGUAGUAUGGAGACCUGGAGUCACUGCAUGCAGACUUCUGAGAUGGCUUUUGCUGAGGCUUGUUUGCUACAUGAUGGGUUAUUUGGCUGGCUGCCUGUUUGAAAUCAAUAUAGUUUUAUUAACAGCACUGCAGACACUAAAAUGCUGUAGCUUUGCAGAACGUGUAUUCCAUAAAUUGUAGCUCGACGGUAAUUGCAGGGCUUAUUCUACUGUUAGAGCAGUUCAGAUCCAACACUAAGUUGCGUUUUGUAAAUUGAUAAAUGCCGUGAAAUUCCUCUCAACAUUUUGCAGUAGUAUACACCAGUUGAUGUAAUUUAGUCACACCAUUAUUCCAAGGAUCUUCAUCUGAUGUUUCUAGCCAAUUCAGCUUUUGGCUGCUGAAAGCACAGUAGGUAAUUAUGGUUAUUUACUGUAAAUGUAGACAAGUUUUAUGUAAAUAUUUUGGGGGGGGAAGAAAAAGCUACAUAAACAUAUGAGGCAGUUAUCUAAAAGUAAGAACAUAGGUCAAUAAUAUAAAGUCCAGGUUUUAUUUAUGUACACUAGUAUCCUAAUAUUUACCUGUUUAUAUGCAGAAAAACAAACCCCUGAAGAUUCUGUACUGUAUUCUCUGAAAGCUUUUAAAAGAUGCUCUGCUGUGUUCUCCAAUAAAUAUAUUUGCAAAUAACUUUUGAAUUUAUUGGAAAUCCAUGUAAAUUAUGUCAAAUGGAAAACGUUACAUUGCAAUGAAAUUAGUUUCAUUCAGUAAUCCUCGCAAAAUUCAUUGGAUUGAAAUCUAGAUAUAAAUUCAGUAGCCAGACAGAAUAAAACACCGUAAAUAAACUUUGA